CGGCAUUUAAAUACAAAGUCUUCAGAAUGACACCUUCUCAGGUUACCUUUGAAAUAAGAGGAACUCUUUCACCAGGGGAAGUGUUUGCAAUCUGCGGAAGCUGUGAUGCUUUGGGAAAUUGGAAUCCUCAAAAUGCUGUGACUCUUCUUCCAGAGAAUGAGACAGGUGAAAGCAGGCAAUGGAAAGCAACCAUUGUCCUCAGUAGAGGGGUAUCAGUGCAGUAUCGAUACUUCAGAGGGUGCUUUCUCGAACCAAAGACGAUCGGUGGUCCAUGCCAAGUCAUAGUUCACAAGUGGGAGACUCAUCUACAACCACGAUCAAUAACCCCUUUAGAAAAUGAAAGUAUUAUCGACGAUGGACAAUUUGGAAUCCACAAUGGUGUUGAAACUUUGGAUUCUGGAUGGCUGACAUGUCAGACUGAAAUAAGAUUGCGUUUGCAUUAUUCUGAAAAACCUCCUGUGUCAAUAACCAAGAAAAAAUUUAAAAAAUCUAGAUUUAGGGUAAAACUGACACUGGAAGGUCUGGAGGAAGAUGAUGAUGAUGAUAGGGUAUCUCCGACAGUUCUUCACAAAAUGUCUAACAGCCUAGAGAUAUCCUUAAUAAGUGACCACGAGUUCAAGUGCCGACAUUCCCAGCCCGAGUGUGGGUAUGGCUUACAGCCUGACCGAUGGACGGAGUACAGCAUACAGACGAUGGAGCCAGAUAACCUGGAACUGAUCUUUGACUUCUUUGAGGAAGACCUCAGUGAGCCCGUGGUUCAGGGUGAUGCCCUUCCUGGCCACGUGGGGACGGCGUGUCUCUUAUCGUCUACCAUUGCGGAGAGUGGGAAGAGUGCUGGGGUCCUGACUCUUCCCAUUAUGAGCAGAAACUCCAGGAAAACAAUAGGCAAAGUGAGAGUUGACUAUAUAAUUAUUAGGCCAUUACCAGGAUAUAAUUGUGACAUGAAAUCUUCAUUUUCCAAGUAUUGGAAGCCAAGAACUCCACUGGAUGUGGGACAUCGAGGUGCAGGGAACUCCACAACAACUGCCCAACUUGCUAAAGUUCAAGAAAAUACUGUUGCAUCUUUAAGAAAUGCUGCUAGUCAUGGUGCAGCCUUUGUAGAAUUUGAUGUACAUCUUUCAAAGGAUUUUGUGCCUGUCGUCUAUCAUGAUCUCACCUGUUGUUUGACUAUGAAAAAGAAAUUUGAUGCUGAUCCAGCUGAAUUAUUUGAAAUUCCAGUAAAGGAGUUAACAUUUGACCAACUCCAGUUAUUGAAGCUUGCUCAUGUGACUGCACUCAAAUCUAAAGAUCGGAAAGAAUCUGUAGUUGAGGAAGAAAAUGUAUUCUCUGAAAACCAGCCAUUUCCUUCUCUUAAGAUGGUUUUAGAGUCUUUGCCAGAAGAUGUAGGAUUUAACAUUGAAAUAAAAUGGAUCUGCCAGCAAAGGGACGGAAUAUGGGAUGGCAACCUAUCAACAUAUUUCGACAUGAACCUGUUUCUGGAUAUAAUUUUAAAAACUGUUCUAGAAAAUUCUGGGAAGAGGAGAAUAGUGUUCUCUUCAUUUGAUGCAGAUAUUUGCACAAUGGUUAGGCAAAAACAGAACAAGUAUCCCAUAUUAUUUUUGACUCAAGGAAAAUCUGACAUUUACCCUGAACUCAUGGACCUCAGAUCUCGGACAACUCCAAUUGCAAUGAGCUUUGCACAGUUUGAAAAUCUACUAGGGAUUAACGCGCACACUGAAGACCUGCUCAGAAACCCGUCCUAUGUCCAAGAGGCAAAAGCAAAAGGACUGGUCAUCUUCUGCUGGGGAGAUGACACCAACGAUCCUGAAAACAGAAGGAGGUUGAAGGAAUUUGGAGUGAAUGGUCUAAUUUAUGAUAGGAUAUAUGAUUGGAUGCCUGAACAGCCAAAUAUAUUCCAAGUGGAGCAGUUGGAGCGCCUGAAGCAAGAAUUACCAGAGCUUAAGAGCUGUCUGUGCCCCACUCUUAGCCACUUUGCCCCCUCCUCUUUGUGUGGGGAGCCUGAUAUCCGCCUGGAUGCCAACGGCAUCAACAGUGCAGAGAACGCUUAGCCUGCCCCGCGCAGAGGCCACGUGGGGGCACGCACCGCUGUUCUGGGCACAUUCACUCUUCAGCAUUGACAUUGUGUAGCUGCCUGUGGGUUUCUCAGUCCAACAAAGCAAUAAUGAAGAAGUAUUUUCCUUUUUCACUUCUGUUCUUGCUAGAAUUUCAAGUAUGAUAUUCAAAUCACUUGGCCAGGUAUAAUUACCAGUCAGUCUUCUAUUGCUUGGUGAAUAUUUUCCACUAAAGGUGUAAACCUAUAUAAUGUUAAACAAAUGCUUGUUAGUAAGCAUAGUUCUUUGAAAUUAAAAAUCUUAUCACUAUUCCAUAUUUUCACUUGUCACAAGUUUUCAUUUGAUCAGGUCUGAAAAAUCUCUAAAGCACUUAAGGAAAAUGACUAUGCAUAAUUAUACCUGACCAUGGGGUGGGGGGGGACAGUACCUCAAAUGCAUGCAUUUGCACUGGUGAUUCCAACUGCACACGCCUUUGUGCCAUCUGUGUACUUAUGUAUUUUUACCUGGAUUGACCACGCACAUACCCCAUUGCCCUUCCAUCUGAGCCUUGCGGCUACGGCCAUUCCCCACUUAACCAAACCAACGCCUGCGUGACCCGCCGGGAGGGGACACAGCGACACCUGUUUCUUCUCAAGUCUUUCAAAAGUUGUUUUGCAGAAAUGUUAAAAUUUCAAAAUGCUGCAGGGUAAUUUAAUGUAUGAACUAUGUGCUACAAAGAAGUGCGCGUGGCCUAGUUACGUAGAGUAGAACACGUGUAAACUUUCCAAUGCAUGCUUCCCUUUUCAAGCAUGAGCUUGUACGUGUUUACUUACGUCCUUGCAUCUGUGGUGCUAGGUGAGCGAGAAAGGUGUCAAGGACGGAAGCCAUUUUGUUCCCUAAAAAUCAACAAGGCCUGUUCACAGGCAUUUUGUAUAUGCUCACGUGUCUCCCUCCCUAUUCCACGCUGUGGCCCUGUGGCUUUGUUUUGUGGGUGUGUGGUACAGUAGCUGUAGCUCCAUACAGAAAAACAAGUGUCCUGGAUUCUUAUAUUGGCAUUCUUUACUGGUUAAGGUCUGUCAUGCAUGUAAUUUAUUUAGAAAUGUAGAGAUCCUACUAAGUGUAUAUGCAUGUUUUUAAGAUUAUAUUAAGGUUUCCCUCAUUAGAAGCAAAUUGUUGGGACAGAACUGUAACUUAAAAAGAAUGUAUCUUGAAUAAAAUGACACAGAUUUAUUUUCUUCAUGAUAAACUGA